GGCGGCAGCGCCCUCUCUACCGAGCGUCCGCUGACACGUAGUGCCUUUACUUGCUUGUUUAUCUUGGCUAUCAGCAUUCUCGUGAUUCCCGUUAUCAUGUCGUGCCCCGUGACUGUGGUAGCCAUCGGAAGUGUUGAAGAUUGGUGCAGAAACGAACGAGAUUUUUGUGUCACCCUGCCUCUAAUCCCGCCGAGCGGGAUCCGGUAUCCAGGAUGAGUCACAACCCGUACGGACCCGGGGGUGGAUACCAGCAGUAUCCGGCCCCCGGUCAGUCCGGGUAUCCGGGCGCCCCGCCGAAUACGGGCAAUCCGUAUCCGGGAAAUCCGGGUUAUCCGGGAUACCCAGCCCCGGGCGGUGCUCCGGGAUACCCUAGCCAGCCGGCGGGAUAUCCGCCACAACAGCCAGGCUAUCCAGGUCAAGGAGGUGGAUAUCCAGGUCAAGGUGGUGGAUAUCCUGGUCAAGGAGCUGGCUAUCCUGGACAACAACCAGCGUCAGGUGGAUAUCCUGGACAACAACCAGCGGCAGGUGGAUACCCUCAGCCCGGAUAUCCACCUCAAGGAGUAGGAAAUCCUCCACAGCAACCGAGCAUUCCAGGUCAGGGGCCUGGCUAUCCGAAUCCACAGCCUGGAUAUCCAAGCCCACAGCCUGGAUUUCCAGCCCCUGGAGGCGGAUAUCCUCCUGCACCUUCAAGUGGAAAUCCGAGCCAGCCGGGUGGAUAUCCAAGUCAACCUGGCGGACAACCAAGCCAGCCUGGCGGAUAUCCAAGUCAACCAGGCGGACAACCAAUCCAGCCAGGGGGUUAUCCAGGUCAGCCAGGUGGAUAUCCAAGUCAACCAGGCGGACAACGAAGCCAGCCAGGGGGUUAUCCAGGACAGCCAGGUGGAUAUCCAAGUCAAACAGGCACACAACCAAGCCAGCCAGGGGGUUAUCCAGGUCAGCCAGGUGGAUACCCAAGUCAACCAGGUGGAUACCCAAGUCAGCCAGGUGGAUACCCAAGUCAGGCUGGUGGCUAUCCAAGUCAGCCAAGCGGAUAUCCAAGUCAACCGGGCGGAUAUCCGGGUCUUGGCACCAACUAUCCCCUUCAGGGAGCGAAUGUCAGCCCGCAGCUGGGAUCAUCCAGGGGUGGAAAAGGAGAUCCAUACCACUCCAGCAACACAAACUACCUGGAUAAGACCCACGGCACCAUCCGGCCAGCGCCCGGUUUCGACGCCGCUGAAGAUGCCAGCAAACUUCGCAAGGCGAUGAAGGGGUUCGGUACCAAUGAGCAGGCCAUCAUUGAUGUGUUGUGUAAGAGAAGUAACGCCCAGCGGCAGCAGAUCACGAUUGCCUACAAGUCGGGCUAUGGACGGGACCUGCUGAAGGACCUGAAGUCGGAGCUGGGCGGCGACUUCGAGGACGUGAUCCUGGCGAUGAUGAUGCCGCCGUACGAGUUUCUGGCGCAGCAGCUUCACUCGGCGAUGUCGGGCGCGGGGACAGACGAAGAUACCCUGUUUGAGACGCUUUGCACACACACUAACGCAGAGAUUAACGGCAUCAAGGCGGCGUAUGCUAACAUGUACGGUAAAUCGUUGGAGGAUUCCGUGCGGAAAGAAUCCAGUCAUAAUUUCAAAUUAUUGCUUACUGCCCUGCUUCAGGCGAACCGCGACGAAUCCAACCAGGUUGAUAAGGCCAAGGCAGCAAACCAGGCUAUGGCUCUCUACAAGGCUGGUGAGAAGAAGACUGGCACGGACGAGGAAGCCUUCACCGUGAUUGUCGCCACGCAGAGCCCCGCCCAGCUUCACGCCAUAAUGGCAGAGUACGAGAAUAUAUCCAAGAAGACUCUGCUGGAUGCUGUAAAGUCGGAGACCAGCGGCGAUUACCGUCAGGCGCUGCUGGCUGUCUUGAAGAGUUCGCUAAACCGCCCGGCCUACUACGCGGAGCGUAUCAAGGAUACUAUGAGCGGAGCGGGCACCCGCGAUUCGGACCUGAUUCGUCUCAUCGUGUCUCGGUCAGAGUACGACCUGGCCAACAUCAAGCAGGAAUACCUGCGGAGAUACGGGCACGCCAUGGAAAAGGAUAUUUCGGGAGAGACUUCUGGCGACUACAAAAGGGCUCUGGUGAUGUUAGUGGAAGGCAACUGAGAGUCCGUCAAGGAUCCGGUCUCCUCCCGUACUCCACUGCAUGCGGUGACGUCACAAAAUAUAUUCGACGCAGCUUAUUGUGACCACGUUAUGCUGUUUGAUCAGCGCAUCAAUGUCUAUCCAAUCUAUAAAAUGAUGUAUAAAAAAAAAUGAAGAAUCUGUGGGAUUUGUCUGAUUCUGAAGAUAAGCCACGCAAAAUAGUGUUUUGUCGUGUUGAUACGUUAAGUUUCCUGAUUUGUUCAUGUUAUAUGAUUAAAAAACUGUGAUUGCAUCAAUACUAAAGCUAUAAAUCUAGAAAAAGCCUGCUCGUUUUUCCGGUGCUUUGAAAACAUGGUGGUUUGGUGACACUGAUGAAUAAGGUUUUUGGAAAUGAUAAGGAGUAGUUACAUGUGAUUGGCUGGAGCGAUACUACAUAGUAGGGCCUAAGAAUCGCGUCCGUAUUUGUUUAAAAAUGGGAAAAGGUUGUUGCUUUUCCGUGUUCAAGUCCAGAGCAUCUGUUUAUGUGUGCAAGGCGAACGCGUGGAUGUUUCCAAUCGAUCGUUAUUUUUUUCUUAUAAGUAAUUUGUUUUUGUUUCAAAUGAGAUUCGUGUUUCAAAAAGAUCAUGGCCACCGUCUACCGUCUAGUCCCAUUGAUUUUGAUGGCGAGUCGCUCCUUCGUUGAAGGUGAAUAAAUUGUGGUAUUCGCUUAGCGCCUGCGGCGCGAUGCAAAGUUCCCCUUGAAGUUAGAUUCGUUGCUUGUUGGCGUCAUAAGUUCUCUCACUAGGCAGUGUUAUGCUCUAACUUUUUACAAAAGAAAACGAUCAAUUUUCCAGUGCAAGCUGUUCAACUUUCUCACAAUAGCCGUAACGAAUCCAAUGUCUCCGAAUGUUUUGUAUUUCUUGUUAUUCAGUGCCUGUGACAGCCUGCAGAAAAAUUGUAUGCUUUUAACAGCAGUGCCAAUAAACGUGGCUAUUUUUCGGACAAUAAAAGGUGCCACUACAAUA